UUAAAUAAGUAAUUUUUGUGUUUUCAAGAAAAUCCAAAAGUUUAUGAUUUACUGAACAUUAAUUGAUUUUAUAAACCCAAUAAUGUACUGAACGUGGAUUUGACUUCAUCAGACGUCCGCUGUAGUACAAAAAAUCAUAGGUGGGAGUCAGGGAAAGUAUCGUUCAGCACCAGAGGUGAUGGCGAAAACCGGGAACCAACCACGCCUCUUGACUGCGGUCAUGGAGGCCAUAGCUAACCUUAAGGAAGGAAGAGGCUCAACCCAAAAGCGAAUAAUCGACCAGGUGCAAUGUCUCCUCAGCGCCAACAAGAUGACGUUCAGAAACCCAGUGGUACACAUCAAAAAAGCCCUGAGGCACGGCGUUCAUACGGGUCUCAUUAAACAGAAAGGAGGCAAAUUCAGAUUGGGCUUGGACUCAAAGGACUAUGCCAUAUUCAAGAAUUUUCAAAAGUUAAAGAAGAGAGAACAUCCCGUAAGGGAACAUAAAAGAGGUAAAAGGCGCCGCAAGAGAAGUAAGCGUAGGAGGAAGAGAAGGAGGAGCAGCGCCGAUGAGGAUGCUACUGCAAGCGGAUCUGCUUCUGACAGUAUCUCUGGAACUCCUGAGCCGUCUGAUAGAGGAAGGAGAAGGAGGAAGAAGAAGAGGAGGAGGAGAGGAAGGAAACGAACAGAAGAAAGAGAAUGGAGUAACGGACAUGGUAGCAGCGAACCUAAAGAAGUGAGUCCAAGUAGCUCCAACGAACAGUCAAAAUCUGAGAGAGACAGAGAUAAAGAUCGAGAUAGGGAAAGAAGCAGAGACAGAGACAAGAAUAAAGAAGAAGAACAUUACGAUGGUAAUAAAUAUUGAUACGUACUUCUAAAUCUUUGUUCUUUUCAAAUAACCGUAUUUGGUCAUGUAAUUCAAGUCAAACCAUUUUUGUUAAAUCAAGA